GGCUAAAGUUCCGCGAAAACCUACGGCGGGGCUGUUCUUUACCGGCUGAGAAUUAUGUGCGGUUCGACGAAGAUACUUCCACUGGAGGCUCCUCCUUCCGACGGGAAUCUCGGUCCACUUCCUCCUUGGCAGCUAACGGACCAGGAAAUCGAAGAGCAAGCAGAGCAAAACACUCCAAAUCAAGCUCCCGCGUCUGUCGCGACUCACACGAGGACUAUCGGAAUCAUUCACCCGCCUCCAGAUAUCAGAGCUGUUCUCGAGAUAACGGCCAAGCAUGUUUCCGAGAAAGGUUUGGCAUUUGAAAAGACGAUCAAAGCUAAAAACGCCGAGAAGCCUCAGUUCAACUUUCUGAACAUCUCCGACCCUUAUCAUGCCUUUUACCAGCACAAGCUCUCUGAUCUAAUGAUCCCAAACCUGAUGACGAGGGUGAAGCAAGCCCCCGAUCAUCAAGCUCAAUUUAGGGUUCCUCCUGAGCCUCUAAAACCUCUGUCGACUCCAGAGCCUGAGAAGUAUACAGUCAGACUUCCUGAAGGGAUUACUGGAGAGGAGCUUGAAAUUGUUAUGCUCACGGCUCAGUUCGCGGCGAGGAACGGGAGAUCGUUCUUGGAUGGGUUGUAUAGUAGAGAGAGUAACAGUCCUCAGUUUCAGUUUCUGAAGCAAACUCAUAGCAUGUUCGGUUUUUUCAAUUCUCUGGUUAAGGCGUAUCGCGAUGUGUUGAUACCUCCUAAAGAUUUGAAAGAAGAGCUGAGAGAGGCUGUUGCUGAUUCCACGACCGUUCUUGAGCGUUGUUUGAAUCGUCUUGAAUGGGAUCGUUCUCAGGAGAAGCAGAGAAAGAAAGAGGAGGAAGAUAUGGAGCUGGAGAGAGUGCAGAUGGCUAUGAUUGACUGGCAUGACUUUGGUGUUGUUACAUCCAUAGAUUUUGCUGACGAGGAGGACGAAGCGCUGCCUCAGCCUAGGACACUUGAGGAGGUUAGAAGGGUGAGCAAAGUAUCGGCGAUGGAAGAAGAUGAAGUUGUUGAGGCUGGAAAGGAAGUUGAAAUGGAGAUGGACGAAGAAGAACUCAAGCUCGUUGAAGAAGGAAUGAGAGCAGCGAACCUGGAAGAGACACGUAUGAGAAUUGUUAAGAACUGGAAGAGGCCAGAAGAUAGGAUCCAAACAGAGAGACAUGUGACUGAAGCUGUUGUUGUUUCACCAAUUACCGGCGAGCUGAUUCCCGUUAGCGAGAUGUCUGAGCACAUGAGGAUUUCGCUUAUUGAUCCUAAGUUCAAAGAGCAGAAGGAUCGUAUGUUUGCUAAGAUUCGUGAGGCCACUCUUGCACAUGAUGAUGAGAUUGCUAAGAACAUUGUCGGGCUCGCUCGUCUGCGUCCUGAUAUCUUUGGGACUACCGAAGAAGAAGUCUCAAACGCUGUCAAGGCAGAGAUGGAGAAGAAGAAGAAAGAUGAGCAGACAAAGCAAGUUAUAUGGGAUGGUUACACAAGAAGUAUCGGCCUCACAGCAAACCAAGCUUUGACUCAGAACUCUAAUGGAGUAGAAGGUCCCAAUAGCUUCCCUGGUCCAGCCGCUUGUCCUCCUCCUGUACCAUGUGUCCCAACAGUCCGACCAUUGCCACCACCACUUCCUCUUUCUGUUCAGUACCCCUGUGCACCGAGGCCAUUAGGUGUUCCAAUGAUGCAACCUAUGCAUCAACAACACCAGUUCUUCAUACCCGGACCACCUGGGCACCCGUCGAUGAUGGUGAACCGACCACCACAAAUGCAGCCUGGUAUGCCUGUGUCGCCUCCACCGGGAUCUCAGGUCUCUGUUCCAAACGGGGAUGAUGGGAAACUCAUUGAGAUCACAGUGCAGUCUUUAUCCGAAAACGUGGGAAGCUUGAAGGAGAAGAUAUCCAGGGAGACACAAAUUCCAGCAAACAAACAGAAGUUAAGUGGGAAAGCAGGGUUCUUGAAGGAUAACAUGUCACUCGCACAUUACAAUGUGGGAGCAGGAGAAAUCAUAACACUGUCUCUGAGAGAACGUGGUGGGAGGAAAAGA